AUGACGUAUAGCACAACAGCUGGCGCGGCAGAGUUCUGGCUGCUGAAGAAUCUGAAGAGGCUGUCUGAGCUGCCCAUCACAGUUGACAUUCUCGUGGAGACGGGCGUUGGGAAGACUGUGAACAGUUUACGGAAGCACGAGCUUGUAGGAGACUUUGCGAAGAAUCUCGUAGCCAGGUGGAAGAAGCUAGUGCCGGUGUCCCAAGAGGCAGACCGAAAUAACCUAGAUUCUGAGGACCGUGACUAUGAGAGGAGCAGCUCAAGCAAAAGACGUCAAGAAUCCUCCCUCAGAGAGGAUGAGGAACCUGACCAGGAGUGUUCAGAACCCUUCCAGGGGUCUUGCAGCCAGUCCUAUAGCCCAGAUGAUAGGGAAAAGAAGUCCAAAAGGUAUCCUAGGCCUGAGAGAGCUCACGAGACUUAUGGCUAUAGCAGCCACGAGGGGAAGGGUUGGGGCAGAUCUUCCCCAGUGCUCUCUUCAGAUCAGGAGUACUCGGACUAUGGACAAGCUGUGUCACCUGAGCCAAGUGAGAGCCCGCAGGAUAUGUAUGCAGACCCUUAUGCCUCUGAGGAGCAGGAAGAACCGACCGUAUUUCAUCGGAAAGCCAGUAAAGGUCACAGCUUUCAGGAGAAGCUGGGGGGAGGCCGGGAGAGGAACCCUGGUGAGUCCUAUGACAAAGGGAAUGUGAGUCGAAACAAAGAGCACAAGUCUUCUCACAAGAAGCAGCGACUUGAUGGCAGAGGGGAGGACAAGACCUCUGCCUUCAGCCCAGAAAGAUCACACAAGACCUCUUUUAAAGAGCAACUGCGAGAAGCCCCCAUGGCAGGGGGCAGCAAGGAGAAGCAGAGGAUGUCAGACGGCACCAAGAAGGAGAAAAACCGAGAAAGCGGCACCUCCAGAAAGGAGAAGCUGCACGUGUUGCCGCCCUUGGAAGAGUCUUUGGACAACCACGUUAAGAAGCAAAAACAUCGGGACUCUGAAAAAAGCAAACUGGAAAAGCCCAAGCUGAGCCUGGAGCCCUCUAACACAGAGCGGGAGAAACGGAAAGCUGAGAGUGACUCGUCAAAUAGGGUUAAAGAAAAGGGAAUUUCUGGGAGCUUAAAAUCUUCAGAGGGGAAGCGCAAAGUCUCUGAUGUGGACAAAAAAUCAAUGGGCUUUUCCUCAAAUUUUGGGGAGGGAGAAGCGGAGGAUGAAUUUGAACAACCUACAAUGUCCUUCGAGUCGUACCUCAGCUACGACCAGCCCCAGAAAAAGAAAAAGAAAGCAGUCAAACCCUCUGUGUCAGCUGGGGACAAAGACCAAGGGCACGGCAAACAGAACGGAUCCAAAGCCAGUGCCAACAGCUCAGGCUCGAGUCAAAAAAGCCCAAGCCACAAGCGAACAAGUGAGAAAAAGGCAGACAAGAAACUCCCAGAGUCUCCUAAACCAAAGCGGAUACUUUUAGAUGUGGUACCAACAUUACCGGACAUCCCACUGCCCCCAAUCCAGGCCAAUUACCGCCCUCUUCCUUCAGUCGAGUCCAUCGCCUGCUCCCAGACAAAAAGGAAAGCAGUGUCUUCGCCAGCUGAAGAGAGCGAAGCAGGUUUUACAGGCCGCAGGUUGAAUUCAAAGAUGCAAGUCUAUUCAGGCUCUAAAACUGCCUACCUCCCAAAGAUGAUGUCUCUGUACCAGCAAUGCAUCAGAGUCCUCAGUAACAACAUUGACUCGAUCUAUGAAGUGGGUGGUGUCCCCUUCUCUGUGCUGGAGCCAGUGUUGGAGAAAUGCACCCCGGAGCAGCUGUAUCGCAUUGAGGAAUGCAAUCAUGUCUUAAUUGAGGAUACAGAUCAACUCUGGCACAAUCACUGUCUGCGUGACUUCAAGACUGAGAAGCCAGAAGAGUUUGAGUCCUGGCGGGAGAUGUACCUGCGACUCCACGAGGCACGAGAGCAGCGGCUGCUCAUGUUGGCACGGAACAUCAGCUCGGCCAACAAACCCAAAGGCAGAGUGGCCAAAAUGGCCUUUGUGAACUCAGCACCAAAGCCCCCUCGGGAUGUGCGCAGGAGACAGGAGAAGUUUGGAACGGGAGGACCUCUGCUGCCAGAGAAGACCAAGAUAAAACCAGUCCUGUACGCACCGAGCAAAAGCCAGGCUCGUGUGAGUGAGGAGCAGUGCUGUGAUGGGCCCAGCACCAGCAGUGCCCGUCCUGUGCCAGUUUCAUGGGGCACCUUCUCCUCCUGUGGCCCCAGGAAACCACCAGUGAAGAAAAUUGCACCCAUGAUGGCAAAGUCUGUCAAAGAUUUCAAAAACAGGUUCUCCCGGAGAUAAGGGUGCAGAGCAGAUCUGGGACUCGGCCUCUCGUGGGGAGUGGCACGGAAGGGGGAGAAGGUACCCGGCCAGCCCUUUUCUUUGAGCUCUUUGGAGGCUGCAGCUGCGGGGAGAAGCUUUGAUCUGCACAAGACGACAGCACAGUAUUUUGUCUUUUCUUCUGGUCCCUU